CAGUUGUCGCUGUUGGUGGGCAAAAAAUACAGCCAAGAUGCUGCGGAAUAUGCUGGCUCUUCGUCAAAUUACCCAGAGGACCAUAAGUGCUACUUCACGCAGACAGUUUGAAAAUAAAGUUCGAGAAAAACAAAAGCUGUUUCAGGAGGAUAAUGGAAUUCCAGUGUAUCUAAAGGGUGGGAUAGCUGAUGCCCUCCUGUAUAGAGCCACCAUGCUUCUUACAGUUGGCGGAACAGCAUAUGCCAUAUAUCAGAUGGCUGUGGCUUCGUUUCCCAAGAAGCAGGAUUGACUUCAAAUUAUCAUCCCAGCUCUGGCUUCAGUUUAAUUCCGUGCCCUAUGGACCAGUAAUCUGAUCAAAAGAGCUCUUCUUUGGGGAUCAGUAUUUAUUGACUUGCACUAACUGUCACCAAUAAAGCAGUCUUU